AUAUGGCAUCCGCCAUGGUGAAUUGUGAAAGUUUGUAUGUUCUUGUGCCGGUUUCCAUCGUAACCUUGCUUGUGCUGUGGUAUUUUCUAAAAUGCCUGCUUCCAAAACCUCAAGUAAGCGACUUCAAAAACAAGUUUGUCUUGAUCACUGGCUGCGACUCGGGWUUUGGAAGGAUGUCUGCUAUUCGCUUAGACAAGAUGGGAUUCCAUGUGAUUGGUACUUGUCUGACAAAAGAAGGCAAAGAAAACCUUGAAUCAGUUUGUAGUGAUCGUUUGGUUGGUAUGUUAAUGAACGUGACUGACUCCAAACAGAUUCAUGACGUCUUUGUUCAGGUGAAGGACAUUGUCGGAGGAAAAGGUUUAUGGGCACUUGUGAACAAUGCCGGUUUCAUGUCCAUUGGSCCAAUAGAAUGGCACAAAAUGGAACACUUUCGAAAAAUGGCCGAUGUGAACCUCUGGGGGAUGAUAGAAGUGACCAAAACCUUUCURCCAUUGGUGAAAAAGGCUGAAGGACGGAUUGUUAACGUUUCAAGCGAUAUAGGUUUAGUGUCCCUGACCUACGCGGCUCCCUAUUGUAUUACCAAAUAUGGUGUGGAAGCAUUCUCUGACACUUUGCGCCGUGAGAUGAAAAGAUGGAAAGUCAAAGUGUGCAUUAUUGAGCCACAUGCCUUUAAAACUCCAUUACACGAUGGAUUGUAUGAUAAAAAGCUAGAUCUCUUGUGGGAUGGCGUAGACGAUGAGAUGAAAACARAAUAUCGAGAACUCUAUUCUCAAUUGCGCAGUAAAAACAGACGAGUGUCCUUAGCGAAAGCUGUAAGCCCUAACGUUCAUCUGGUGAUUGAAGCCRUUGUAGAUGCAGUUACAAGUGUUAAUCCAUCGCCACGAUAUCUUGUCGGUCUCUUUGCUAAGUAUUUUGCCUUUCUUUCUCAUUUGCCGACAUUUUUACAGGAUAAAUGCAUGUAAGUGAAAUGUCCAUGAUCCAGGCCCGUAGGCUGCUUUACAAACCCCCGGGGGUUCGUUUUUGUCAUAAUGCGGACCUAAAUUAAAUGUUUUUAAAACUAAUUAGCUCAAAUCACAGUUUAGUGUGUUAGAACUGGCAAAAUAYUAUCGCACAAACAGUUCAUAACAAGAGAAUUUUACAGUAAAAGAGAACAAUAAAAAAGAGAAACACCGGACAUUUUAAGCUUGUUGGGGGUCUCGUCCGAAGCCCACCAGCCUACGAUGCCUGUGAUCUUUAAACAUGGCUUCGUUCUUACGCUGUGGAGUAUAAGGACCGCAUGGCUAUUCUUCGUUUUCAAAUUACGUCACAGCGGCCAUCUUGGAGGAGUUUCAACAAAAGAUUUCUCAUUAGUAUCUAUUGCUUAUUCCUCCACAUAUGGCCGCCAGUCUUUUAUCUUGAGUCUCAUGGGAAUGGUUGAAAACGAUCAAUAUGAGAUACACCUACU